CUCUCUUCGUUCAGACACUUUUUUUUUCCAUCUUUCCGACCAUCAGCUAAAACCUAGGGUUUCUGAUUUGCUCUCUGUUCUAAAAUUCCACCAUUGUUGCUCUGCACUCCUGCAUAUUCUCCUUCUUUCCGCCAUUUUCUUCAACUUUUCAACCUCCGAUUUCAAACAUUUUCACACUCUUUUCUCAACAUUUUUGUCUUCAAUUUUGCAUCGAUCACUGUUGCUUCAGCUCAAGGUUUUUAAUGGCGAAGACGAAACCCGGGAAGAAAGAUUUAGAUUCCUACUCUAUCAAGGGCACCAACAAAGUCGUUAGAUCUGGGGAUUGUGUUUUGAUGAGACCGGCUGAUUCGGAUAAGCCUCCCUAUGUGGCACGAGUGGAGAAGCUUGAGGCUGAUCACCGGAACAAUGUGAAGGUUAGGGUUAGGUGGUAUUACCGGCCGGAGGAGUCAAUUGGAGGGAGGAGGCAAUUUCAUGGUGUUAAGGAGCUGUUUUUGUCUGAUCAUUACGAUAUGCAGAGUGCACAUACGAUCGAAGGGAAGUGUAUAGUUCAUUCUUUUAAGAACUACACAAAGCUCGACAAUGUUGGUACCGAGGACUAUUUCUGUCGCUUUGAAUACAAGGCUGCUACUGGGGGUUUCACCCCUGAUCGUGUUGCUGUGUACUGCAAGUGUGAGAUGCCCUACAACCCGGAUGAUUUGAUGGUGCAAUGUGAAGGAUGCAAGGACUGGUUUCAUCCAUCUUGUAUGGGUAUGACAAUUGAAGAGGCGAAGAAAUUGGACCAGUUUUUGUGCUCUGAUUGUUCCUCUGAUGAUGAUGGAAAAGGAUCAUUGAACUCGUUUCCAAUAUCACCAUCUGCUGAGGCUAAGGUGGAGGUGAAGCGCAGAAAGCGAUAGGGGUGGAGUGGUGAAGGAGGUAAUAGUUUUCUUUGAGUAUUAACUCCAGCAGCCCUUGUUGUUGUUGUUGUGGUUGGGAAGUGUACAGUUCUCGGAUCAUCAUGAAGCCUUUUUUGUUUAAAGUUGUGUGAAAUAUAUCUAUCUCUGUGUUUUCUUGAUGUAUGCUUCAGCUAGACUCUAAUGGUCUCUUUUCUCUUGUUACAAUCUAUAACUCAAGCUUAGAACAACUAACUUAGAGACAAUGCAACGUUAUCGAUCUUCAUCU